CGCGUUCUCACAUUUCUUAGAGCACAACAGCUGGUGAACAACAGAAGAAAGAACCGAGAAACAGACUAGAAACUAAAACUUGAUUGACUGCGGGUAAAAAUAGCUAUCCGAUCUUUUUGGUAAAAAGGUGCCAAAAAAGAACCGUGCGCAAUUACGCAUAGAAGAAACAAAAUGACAACAGCGAUGGAAGUGAACAUGGAAGCCAGGCGGAUACUGGCCGUAUCCAUAAGUAAGCUGUACGCUUCAAGGUCCCAGAGAGGAGGACUGAGACUCCACCGGAGCCUCCUGCUGUCCCUGGUCAUGAAGUCUGCCCGGGACAUCUACCACUCCUCACGGGAGGAGGACGCGCCGAGCGGAGCGCAGUCAGCCCCGGAGGAGCCGAUGGAGACUAGCUCCGGUCCGGAGGUACCAGAGCCUCAGCCCCUGUCGGAAAGAAACUCCUCAGAAACCGUCUCAGAGGAGUCGGACAACAAGGCGAAAGAUUACGACUGUGACACCGUCGACGACAAGGAGAACUUGAGCCCGACGAAGCAGUCCAGGAAACGCCGGGGCAAGGCGUCGGCGGCGCCUGACUUCCUUCCCAACAAGAGGGCGAGGCUGGAGCCCGGGGAAGAGAGGUAUUCAGCCCCACUGGGCAGCUGCCGGGUCGGGGCUGGAGAGUCUCUGGCCACUUUGUCUCUAAAUCAAGUCAUACCUGCCUUCUGAA